AAUACACAAAUACAUCGGCAAAGUUAUGCUCGGAACAAUCAGCUAGCUUGGCUAGCUAAUACUAGGAUGCAGCGAUAGCUGCUAACUGGUUACUGACUGCUGUUAUACCGCUUGGUUGCGGACCAUGCUGCUUCUAUCUGUGCGUAUCAGUUUAAAAUGUAGCUAAACCUCGGGGAAACGCAACGUUAUUAGCGAUUCCCUUAAUGUAUUAUUGGUUUGACUUAGUAACUGUACAGUUGUCUAGCUAGUUUAGCUAGCAUGUACCCGAUGUUAGUAACGCUACUAGAGGCGCCACGAUUCUUUUCUGCACGAUGCAGUUUAUAGGGAAAACUAGCCGAGAAGAACUAGCGGAGGUAACGUUAGCCAACUUAGCUAGCUAACUAACGUUAGUCGUUCACGAAAAAAAAAGAGAAAUAAAAUUGGCUUUUAGAUUGGAGUAGCGUACUUGUUCGUUGGGUGUCAUAGGAAGCGUGUAAGAUAAUGUAUGAAUUUAACGGGCGCAACAGUCUGCAGUUUGGUGUCUUACGUGUUAAUGUUUUAUAUUUAACGUGAGCCCCGAGAGCUAACGGUAACUUAGUUUGUUAAACAGCAAGCUAGGUCAAGUAACGUUCGCUUGGAAGUUGGUCCAUGCUAACAUGUAGCUUGCUCGCCAGCUUCAUGGACCAACUGGUUUGUUGUUUUGUCCUAAACGUGUGGUUGUAGUUUUAAUCCUGAACUUUAAAGUCCACCUGCUGCAGAAUAUUGUUAACUUAACUGGUGGCAUGUGCAGCUGAAACGUUGUCUAGUCUAGUCUCUAACCUUAGUUUAACUGCAUCCAACUUUGUCGCGGCAGCUCGUGAGCUGGGAUGUUAGAAUUUGAGCGAUUCUCCUCGGUAUGUAGCUAUACCAACACCACUUCGUGGAUUUUCUGUUGCCAGUAGGCCUUGUGGAAGUGUUGGUCAGCAACAGAGAUGAACUGUCCAACUCGACGGUGCCCGCAUUCUGCUGCAGAGGAGAGCGCAUCAGGAUGAGGAGACUGUAGGCACCCGCCGUAGUAUGGCCGCGUCCCGUUCCUCACGCGUCACAAGGUCGUCAGUGGGGCUCAAUGGAUUGGAUGAGAACUUUUGUGGCCGAACCCUCAGGAACCGCAGCAUCGCCCAGCCAGAGGAGAACUCUGUGCCUCCGCUACCAAGGGCCCGCUCGCCCAAGAAGAAGCAGGAGUCGAAACAGGACGCCAAGCAGGAAUCUAAGCAAGAGGGCAAGCAGGAGUCGAAGCAGGACGGCAAGGAGUCGAAGCAGGAGACCAAACAGGACACAAAGCAUGAUCCAAAGCAGGAUGCUCAGCAGGAUGGGCAGCAGCAGGCCUUGUUGCAGGGAAAAGUAACUGACUCAAAUGCUUCUCCAGCUGAGGCAGAACAAUGGACCAGCUCCAGAAAGCGGGGUGUGUCCUGUUUAGAAAAAGACAUAAAUUCUGAGAAGUCAGAGAACUGUGAUAGAGGGAAGGGGACGCGGGAUGUCUGUCCUCAAAUCAAAAGGGCCAGACGGGGCUCCCGCUCUGGAGAGUCUCAGGGUCACGAGGAGGACCCUGAGCCUCUGAAAUCUGAAAGUCUAGUCUCUGUCCCAGAGCCUAGCAAGGACAACAGUUGUGAAGAAUUUCCCAGCCAAAACUGUGCUAACACAGCUCCUGCCUCACCUGUACACAGUAAAGAAGAAGGUGAGCUGACCGGGGGUAAGGCAGAGGAUGGUCAUGCAGAGUGUGACGGGGCGGCUCAGCCCCCAAAUGCUCACAAAACCUCAAAUGGACUCAGAGACAUUAAAGCAGAGGAACCUAGCACGCUCACUGACGAGACUAGUGCAAACCCCACCUCUGCCACCAACUGUCCGACACUGCUCAACGGUAGUCAGACGGGGGCUCCCUCAUCCCCUGACCCCUCUGUGCCUUGUAGAAACUCUGUCCCUGUGCAGAUGGAGGUCUCUGGCUCAGGGCAAUCGCCAGCCUCAUCUGAACUGACAUUUGAGGCUGUUCCAGAGGAUCCUGUCCCUGAGUUGAUAGUGGCGCAGGAGCAGGAGGUGGAGGAGGUGGAGGUGGACGUGGUGGGCGACCCGUUGUGUCUGGUCCACGAGGAGCAGGUGACGGAGAUUGAGAACGACACCAAUGGCCGGGCGCUGACCCCAUUGCAUGAAGCUGCUGCCUCCACCUCCUCCACAAUCACCAACAUGAACAGUAGUCCAAUCAACAACAACAACAGCAACUCAGGAGAAACUACACCCCCACUAGCAACAACCCCCUCCCCCACAGAGCUAGGGUGCAACCCCUCAAUAUCCAGCACGCCCCCCUCUUUCACAGAGCUCUAUGAACACAGAUACACCCUGCGGACUUCACCCAGGAGGGCUGCCACUGGUGGCAAGGCCCCCUCCUCCAAGCUCAACUCUCCUCCCAGAGACAAUGGUCCCUUGAGGGACGAGGGGGAGGUGGUGGUUGGGUUGGAGGAGGACUGCCCUGCGUUGGAGGAACCUGCUCCCUCAGAUUGUGUUGGCCCCUCCAGUGAGGAGCCGGUCUCUGUGGAUCCUGAAGACAGGGCAGGUGGUGAGGACAGUGUGGCUGUGGAGGCCAAAGAGGCUGAGCGAAGCAAGGAGCUGACACAAAGCCAGGCUGCAGAGGAGGAGGAGGAGGACGAAGAGGAGGAGCCAGACGUGUAUUACUUUGAGUCGGACCACCUGGCUCUUAAACACAACAAAGAUUAUCAGAGGCUUCUGCAGACCAUCGGUGUUCUCGAGGCCCAGCGCACACAGGCCAUCCUAGACCUGGAGACGUUGGCGUGUCACCAGAGGGAGGCACUCGGCGAUCCCAUCAGCUUUGUGGAGCAGCUGCAGAAACGGGUUAAUUUGGGCUUGCCGUGUCCUCAGCGAGUGGUCCAGCUCCCUGACGUUGGAUGGGAGCAGUACACCUCAGGCCUCGGUGACUUUGAGAGAGAGUUCUGUGACAAGAAACGCAAAACCAGGCAGCUAAAGCUGAUCUUCGACCAAGGUUUGCCUGCUCGACCAAAAAGUCCUGUGGAGCCCAAGAAGGAAGGUGAAUCCUCCACCAUGUACUCCUCUCUGCCCACUAGUGACGCUCCAGAGAAUGGCAGCCAAACACAGAUGAUCAGGGGGAGGAUUUGUCACCCAAACAAGUCUGACACAUUUAACCAGCUGUGGACUGUGGAGGAACAGAAAAAACUGGAACAGCUUCUUGUUAAGUUCCCUCCGGAGGAAGUCGAGUCCAGAAGAUGGCAGAAGAUUGCUGAUGAACUCGGCAAUCGAACAGCGAAACAGGUUGCCAGUAGGGUUCAGAAGUACUUCAUCAAACUGACAAAAGCUGGUAUCCCUGUGCCUGGAAGAACACCCAACCUGUGCAUGUACAAUAAAAAGGCAACCAGUAAGAGGCAGCACCACCUCAACAAGCACCUGUACCGGCCGUCUACUUUCCUGACCUCCUAUGAGCCUCCGGUCUACAUGGAUGAAGAUGAUGAGCGCUCGGCGUAUUACAGCAGCGUGCAAGACCCAUCUGCUGAUGACUCGGAUGAGGAGGCUAUACCUGUGGAGUUGAGAAAUUUGCCAGAGUACAAAGAGCUCUUAGAGCUGAAGCGACUGAAAAAACAGACGAUCCAGGAGAUCCAGGAGGACCGGGCUGGGAUGCGGCACGUAGGCUACAAGUGUGACGUCUGCGGCAUGGAGCCCAUCCAGGGAGUGCGGUGGCACUGUCAGGACUGUCCGCAGGACAACUCGGUAGAUUUCUGCUCCAACUGCUCCGACUGCUUGUUCAAGACAGAGACCCACAAGCCUAACCACCACUUGGAACCGGUACACCAGCCAGACACCUUUCUGGACAGGGACUACUGCCUGCCGCAGAGCACAGGCUACAACUAUCUGGACCCUAACUACUUUCCAGCCAACAGAUGACAGGGUCCCAGGUGCCUCUAGCUCCAGGCUCUCUCCACAUAUCCCACAGGCCACUCUGUGCAUGGCUCCAUCCUCCAAGUCCAAGAUAACCGCUUAACCCGCCGCCUGGCAGGAAGGCCAGCCGGCAGGAAAACCGCCAGGGGCCUCCAAGCAGACCACAGUGCUGCUGGUGGGGAGGGCGGCUGUUGGUAAACUGGCCUCCCUGAUUCAAGUAUAGGGCCAUGUUGGUUCCUCAGUACAAGGGGGCCCUGCUCCACCUCAGCCAGGUUAAUAAAUGGAUCUGUGAUUUGAAACGAUACACUAUUUUUUAAAAACAAACAAACAAAAAAACAACAGAAGGCACACCGACAUUCCCGAGCUCUGUGACUCCAGGAGGGCUGUCCCUUUUCCCCUCUUCCCCACAUCGCCCUCCAGUUUACCUCCCUGUGCUGCUUCGAAACUGGAGAAUUCUGGAAGUCUGGUGAAGCGCCACCUAAGGGAGAAGUGUGGUCAUAGUGGACUGUGAAGUCAUCAACUGAGAUGCACAUAGGUGGUUUGUAUGUGUGUAUGUGGUCUCUGUGUUAUGCAAGAGUGAAAAAUGUUCUAGCUAGGUAUUCGUAGAUUGAGUAUUUAUGAGUCACAGCUUCCUAAACGGGAGUUGCUCCGAGACGAGUAAGGCGGUGUGGAGCGGGACGCCGAGGUCGGUGUGUUUUUGGCUGCAGACUGUAGGAAGUUCUGCUGUUCCACAUGACGUUCUGCAGACAGACCUAGACCUGUAGGUGUAAAACAGACCGUGUGCCAUGUUUCAGCAUGGAGCCAUCCCUACCACUGUCACACAACGCUGCUCUCACCUUUCAAACACACACACACACACACUGAUACACACUUUCAUCUCUAUUUACUUUCCCUUUGCUCUCUCUCCACUAAAACAUGUCUAACAAGGAAGCACUACAGCACGGAGAGCAAUUUUUUUUUUUUUGAAGGCAGGCGAAUGGGAACGUAUGGAAGACUUUUUGUUUUUUCAUAUAUUUUUUUUUUUCUCCUCCCCCAAUGUGUGCCGUUGUUGAUCAUGUUGAGUGUACAAGUAUAUGGUGAAAAGUAGCCAGCACUCGUUGCUGUGUGCCAUUUUUAAAAGAGACAUUAGUUGUUGUAUUUUUCUUUAUUUUUUUGGGAGGGAAUUUCACCUCUGAACCUGGCCACUUCUCCCUUCCUGCGUGGCACCAUCGAUCCACAUUGUCCUACAUUAUUGAUCCAGUUAUCAUGCUAGAUCUUCUUUAAUUUUGCAGUCCACUUUAAAAGGUCCAUUUAAAAGAUUGUAUUUUUAUUAAUCUAUUUAAAAAAAAAAAAAAAGAAUUGAGGUAGUGGUUGGUGCCUCCACAGUGGAACAACCCACGCAAUUUUAUACACAUAGAUUUUGUUGUGCUUGAGUAGACACCAUUUUGUAUGGUUUUCGUCUCUUUCCCUCACCCCCUUUGCCCUGCUUCAAUAUCUGUGCAUAACAGUCUGUUCUUAUGUAAAAAAACAAAACAAUAAUAAUGUAAAAAAAAAAAAUGCUAGAGGAGAACUGUGGAAAUAAAAGUAUGUGAAAAUAGUG